GGAGAGCCGGGCGGCGGGGACGGGGAGAGAGCAGCGAAGAGCUCCGGGGGCGUCCGGCCGCUGGGUGGGGAGGCCGGGGCCCUCCGCAUCGCUUCGUCGCGGGGAGGGAACCCUCUGCCUCGGCGCUGCGGCGGAAUGGUGACUGCGGGCGCGGAGUGCGGCUCGCCCCUUCCCGCGGUGGGAGCGCUCUGCGGCGAACGCCGCACCUGGGGCGGUUCGGCCUCUCCGCGGCGCGGGGAGCGCGGCGGUUCCGCGGGGGGCGGCUGCGGCGACGGCCACCGCUUAUCGCCAUCCGAGCGCCGUGCGGGGGGGAGCGGUCGGAGAAACUACAGAGCGGUCCGCGUUCGGCAGAGGCGGAGCUGAGGCGCCCGUGCUGCUGUGCGGAUCAAGGACUCAGCGGCGUGGCAGGGGGCAGAGCCUCUCCAGCGCAAGUAAUUGGAAAGAUGGGAGAAACUCGGUUCCAGCUGCAAGGGAGCGCAGUCCGGGGCUGCUGCUGGGGCUGCGCUCAGCCCUCGCUCGUUCCCGUUUGGCGAAAAGCUGUCUCAUUAUGGGAUGGCUUCGUGGUGUCCCGGUGUUCCCUAUGUGGUGCUGAGGAGUGCUCUCCCAAGGGAAGGCUUUAGGAGCGCUGGGGUAAACGCACCGCUUAACGUCAUGUUAUGGAUCUGGUUUGGGUUCAGUCAGUGAAAACGUAAACUUUUAGGCUAAAAGUCAGAGCCGUGGAUCUUCUGGGGAGGAUACCUCACAUGGAGUUUAUUUGUGCGCGUCUCUCUGUUAGUAAACUGCCGUGACUUCUACGGCGGCAAGCAGCAUGGGGUUGGCUGGUUGGUGAGUGGGUUUUGUUGGUUCUUUGGGUUCUGUUUGUUUGUUUGUUUGAGGGGGGGUUGUGUGUGUUUGCUUACUUCAGCCUCUGAAGCAGCUAGCAGCUCACAGCUAACCUGAGCUCCACAUACCCAUGUUCCUGACUUGAGUGCUUCACGUUGAGCACCAGCAGGCACAGCAGGUGCAUCCUGCGGCUCCCCGGGGUGGGGGAUUUUGUUUGUGUUGGUGCUCUCAGACAGUUCUGCGGUCCCUGAGGCUUACUGGGCUUAUUUGCUUUCUUCUCCUAUGGCAACAGGUCCUAAUCCUUGAUAGGCUUGGGAGAGAUCGUGUCAGAAAACUGUACCUUUCUGACGUGACAGCGUCCAGCUUGGCUGGCUGCACUGCAUCUCAUUUGUGGGUUUGUUUUAAUGCACAUCCGGGAGCUGGAGGCCAGCUGUAGCUACCUGUGUUGUGGCUGUCAUAAUUAAUUUCAGUCUUCCGCCGGUUGCGUGUGCUGGAACCUUGAAGGGUAUUACGGUCUCGGGUUUUCAAAUGACUAAUUAAAAAACAUAACGAACGCAGCCAGCUCUUCAGGGUGGGCUUCCUGUGGACAGCUGCUUCUUCCCCUGUUCCGACCUGGUUUGCUGCCAAGAGGCUCCCACAUUGAGCUUGAGCAAUGUAGCCUCUGGUUGAUUGAAUUUCAGUUCACAGGGUUGAUCAUAGCCACAUCACUGCACUGCAGGGUUGCAUGUGCGUGGAUUGCAAUGUUAAAUAGGAGGCCGGUCCCGUAGUAACAAAGAGUGGGACGUUGUGAUGCUUCUGAGGAGGAUAUCACGAUGCUUCUGGGUUCUACUCUUUAUUGUAGGUACCGUCAUAAAAGCACUUACUGAACUUCUGCAUCUCAAUCCGUCUCCUCCUCUUAAACUUGCACUGCAGUUGCUGAAGCGUUGUUGGUUUUGGAAAACGCUGCAGUUUGUUUGUUUUUUAAUACAAAGUGAGAUAUACUGGAGGUGUGAUAACGUUGCAGCACACGUGGUGAAGGAGUGAUGAUGUUCUCCACAGACGGUGCUUAAAGAAAAGCCCAACAACCUAAGAAUUCAGUUUAGUGACAUGUGUGGGAUACUUAGGUGACAGCUGCAGAAUAAAAAGCAAAAGCUCCACUCUUGUAAGGUGGAUGUUUGCAAACCACACAGAAAAUAAAAGACAGUUUUAAUUGCUGUAUAUCUUCCACAGCUAACAGAUGGUAAUUUUCUUAAUCAAAACAGUGAUAAAAUGAGCACUGGAACAGGUUGCCCAAGGAGGCUGUGGAUGCUCCAUCCCUGGAUGCAUUCAAGGCCAGGCUGGAUGUGGCUCUGGGCAGCCUGGUCUGCUGGUUGGCAACCCUGCACAUAGCAGGGGGGUUGAAACUUGAUCAUUGUGGUCCUUUUCAACCCAGGCCAUUCUAUGAUUCCAUGAACACCUUACUUGAUAAUUAAUGGAAGCACUGCAAAGGUUCGCACAGCUGAUUUUCUCUCCCUGUUUGCUUGAAUGUGGGGUGAGUUGUGCAAGCAGAGUACUGUUAUCACACUGUUUGGAAGGAAAUGAGAUGGCCACACACUGCAGUGAGGAUUAUCAUAGAUGGUAUAUAUGUCACUUCUGUUCAUACACCACGCUUGCAGUUCUCACAAUUUCCUGGGCUGAUUUCCACUUUCAGCACUGUUUAUCUGGCAUAUUCAGCUACUAAUAUGCUUCCAGUUCAGGUUGUGGGCUUUUCUUUUUAAUAGUUAUUGAGAUGAGGGUAACUACUGGGAGCUUGUUGCAUCAGAGUUAUUUUUAGGUAGGCUGAUCAGCUAUUGAAUGCUCACAGGUAGCCUGAGUUAUAGGUUUAAUAGUGCUUCUGCAAGUUCCUGCUCACUAAUAAUGUAGACUUUAUAUGGUUUAGAGAAGAUUUGGUGUCAGCCUGAAGGAAUCACCCAAUAAGCCUGUAUAUACCAAGUUCAUUGUGAUGGAUUUGCCAAUAAUGGGAGAAGGAACACAUCUGCUUGAAUGCUGCAGGUUCUUUGAUUUGCAAGAUGCCUGCCUGCUUUUUGAGGAAUGCUGAACUUCAUGAAGGCUCAGCUGAAAAUGAUACAGACUUGGAGAUUUCUGUAGUGUCUUUGGAAUGGAAAGGUGGUUUUAUGUCUCUAUUCAGCAAGGUAUCGUUUGUGUCUGCAGUACAGGUAGUGUCCUUGCAAUUUCAGUAGUGUCCUUGUUGUGAAACUGCCAGGAUUCAGUAUCAGUUCGUGUGUGAGUUCACACUUCUGCCAGGCGUAGUGAUGAUUUUUCAACAUCAGAAGGACGUUUUGGUAGUGCUUUGUUUUCCCAUUUGUACAAUUAGAUAUAGUUUAAAUUGCCCUUAGCCUAAAAUCUGGUCUGUUUUGGGGGGGAACAAAAAACAGUUGUAUGCAUCUUCCUCUUCUCCCUUCUCUCUAACAUAACAGGGCUCACAGCAGAAAACAUGCCCUGUCUAUUAGCUCUGCCUUAGGACACCAGUUAUGAUCAUCUUCCUCUCCAGUUUCAUCAUUCACAAAUACCCUUAGCAUUCCCGUGCAGUGUUUGCAGCCUGUUUUUCUAUCUGUUUCAGUAACUUCUGCAAUCAGGGGUGGAUGAUGGUGUGUGAGCGUUAUCUCCUGACUUGCUGAGCUCUUGGAGAGCAUUGAGAAGUCUCCAGAGCACUCAAAUUUACUCAGAAAGUGUUCAAACUUUUUUAGUGGGAGUUCAGCUGGAUUGAUUUUAUCGAACCUGCACAGCCUUCACUGAUUUGUCGUUAGGAGAAAAUAAAAAUCUAUUGCACUUUAAUUGGGAUUUUGUGUUAUUUUAUCCCACGGAGUUUCUGUGGAUCUGAUAAUAAUCUGCCAUCGAAGCAAUUUUUGUUUUCUGUCGAUUCCUGCGCUCCGCCGUGGCGUGGCAGGUGCACUGGGGGAAUUCUGCUGGGACGUGUCUUUUCAGCUGAAGAAAUCUCAAGAAUCUCAGUGUUAAGAAAUGAUUGAAGGGGGAAAAAUAUGUUGGAGCUGGAUAAUUGAUGGAACACCUCCUUUAUGGGGACAGGCUGAGGGAGCUGGGGCUGUUCAGCCUGGAGAAGGCUCCAGGGAGGCCUGAGAGCGGCCUAUCUGCAGGGGGGCUGUAAGAAAGAAGGGGACAGACUCUUUAGCAGGGUCUGUUGUGACAGGACAAGAGGAAAUGGUUUCAAACCAAACCACAGGUUGCCCAGAGAGGUGGUGGCUGCCCCAUUCCUGGUGACAUUCAAGGUCAGGCUGGACAGGGCUCUGAGCAACCUGAUCCAGCUGUAGGUGUCCCUGUUCAGUGCAGGGCAGUUGGGCCAGAUGGCCUUUAAUGGUCCCUUCCAACACAAAUGGUUCUGUGAUAGUUAUUUUCUGGCAUUGUUAUUUAAGCAUAUCUUUGUGAUAUGGAAAUCCCUAUUUUUUUUUAAUGUUUUCUAAGAUUUUCCAUUUCAGUGUUGGACAUUAUAUAUAGACAGAUCUAUAACACUGGCUCUUUGAGUAUGGCUUGGUAACUCUGAUGUUCAUGGGAUUAUUAUUGUUUUUCUUGGUUUUCACUGGGCAUUGGGUGGAAAAAUAGAUUUGUUUUCCUUUUUAGCUAGAUAGGGACUGUCCCUCCUUCUUUGAUCUGGUUUUGUAUUUCUGUGUUUCAUGUUUUUCUUGAUGCUAAUCAGACUUCUGCAUAUAGGAAGGAGUAGUAAACAAGCCUGCAUGUGAUUUCCAGUGAGUCAGUGCUGGCUUUUGGAAAGGGAGCGUGUGUUUUACUGGGGACUGUAAAGCAUGGGAGAGACUAAGACUCACCUUGCUACCGACUUUAAAAGUGUUUUUGUCUUCAGACCUCCUUUGAUGUGGAAGCACCUUGGAAGUGAAGAAGUUGCUGUGGCUUUGAGCUGGCUGCAGCUGUGAUUGCAGUGUUACUUUGCCACCGUUGUUGCUUUGCACUGGGUGCUCCCAGCUUUGAGGCGGUGGCUGGUUGUGAGCAGUGCAUUCCCAGUCAUCCCCGCUGGUGGCAUUCUGGUCAAUGGCUGAAGGCUUUCCAGAAGUGAGCCAGUCUGAUGGAUGACUUCCAAAGUCAGAAGGGAGCAAACACUACCUUUUAUUGGUUGUGGGGUCUUUUUUGAGUGGGGUUUUUUUUUGAGUGUUGGGUUUUUUUUGUAGAGGAGGGGGUGUUUCCUUGGGGAGGACCACGGCCCAUGCUGAGAUGAAGGAGUGUUAGCUAGCUCCAGGUAGAUGAAAAUGUGGCCAAGUGUUUUGUUGGAAACGGGAGAUUUUCUGCUUAUCUUUCUUAUGUGACAGUUGAUGAAAGUGUUGUGGUUUUGUAGACCGACGACAUUCUUAACACUUUCCAGGCAUCCAGAGUCAUCUUAAUGCUACUCAGCUUCAACAAGGUAUUUCAUAAAAACUAUUGGCUGCUCAAGCUCUGAAGGAGAACGUUGUGAAAGUUUGAGUUAAUAGAAAGCAAUUGAGGACAUACAGUUAUCUUUCAGAAAGACAGUAGUUUUUUUUUUUUAUUCCUCAACUUUUCAAUGAUAAAAAGUUACUGCCAUGGCAAAACAAGUGGAAGCGUAAAUUCUGUCUUGAGAUGAAUCUUCAGCCUUAGCUAUGAAAUGGGUGCCAUGAAGUGCCAUCUGCAAGCUUGUUUGUGGGGAGGGAAGUGGGAGUUCUACAAACUAAAAAGUUAGAUUAAAGAAACUCCAAGAUAUAACUGGUAGCUGCCAUCCUCUCUAGUAACGAGAGGUAGCUGACUGAAUGCAAACUGCUGUGAUGUGACAUACUGUGCUUAGUUAGAACUGCAGUUUGUAUGUUCUGCCUUUAAUUUUGCAUAUUUUCUGUGGAGCUGUCCCAAUGCUCUGCUUUGUUUUUGAAAACUCACUGACCUGGAACUGUGCGUAAUUGUUUUUAUCCCUCUUUCAAGUACAGCAUAUGUAGUAGACCAUUUUAUUCACAGGCUUCAGUUGUUUUUCUCUGUCAUUCCAAGCUUGCUUUUACAAGUGAUGAGAUGGUGCGCUGAGUCACUUCCAUGAGAGGCUCCUAUACCACUCCAGAACAAGAAGACAUUAAAGAAUAAAGGUGUGAGGGCACCAGCGCUUUGCUGUUGAGAAAUCUAGCUCCCAAGUGAAUGUACUGAAGAUUUCUGGACUUGGUGGGACAAAUACCUCUACCUCAAAUUUUAUGAAUACUGUUAGCCAUGGCUGUGGAACUCUGUCUGCUGCUGCUGUUGUUUUGUGGAAGUACUAUUUCAGAAGUACAGCCUAUAUACAAGCCACCUCCUGGGACUUUGGAUUUUGGAUUUGUACCUGCCAAGACAUAUGAUACAGGUGCAUACCACGAACCUGGGCCAAUAGGAAUUUUGUUUAAAGUAGUCCAUGCUUUCCUGUAUUUAGUGCAGCCCAAUCCUUUUCCUCAAGAUCUCAUCAGAAAACUAGCACAGCAGAAGUUUGGAAAUACACAGGGCGAUUAUCAGAAGCCCGAAAAUGUUGUCCUGACACUCCAGGCCAUCUACUAUGAGAUCGGUUUUAUAGUCUCCGCAGCCUUGGGAUUGCUAUUUAUUUUGUUACUGCCUCUUGUGGGACUUUGCUUCUGUAUGUGUCGUUGCUGUGACAACUGUGGUGGGGAAAUGCAUCAAAGACAGAAGAAAAAUGCUGACUGUCAGAGGAGCUGUUUUGCAACAUUUCUUUUUGUUGCUUCUUUAAUAAUAAGCGUUGGAGUGCUUUGUGCAUAUGCUGCCAACCAACACUUAACUAGCCAAGUCCGAGGAGCAAAGAAACUGGUCAACAGUAAUUUUAAGGAUCUGAAAGUUUUCCUUAACGACACUCCAGCGCAAAUUGACUACUUGGUGAGCCAGUACAACACAACCAAGGAUAAAGCGCUCUCUGACCUAAAUAAUGUUGGACCUUUGCUUGGUAGCAGAGUUCAAGAACAGCUGGGGAAAGAAGUACGUCCUGCACUUGAUGCAGCUUUGACAAUGGCAGGAGCAAUCAGAGAAACGAAGGAAGCACUGGAAAACGUGAGCGUCUCUGUAGAAGUUUUGCAGGAAGGCACCGAGAGGCUUCAUGCAAAUUUGACAGAUGUUAAAAUGCACCUGAGCAACACCCUCAAUGAUUCUGCAUGCGCUGCAGCUCAGGCUGCCUCAACUUGCAAUAUCAUCAGGAAUUCAUUAAACCAACUGAACAUUAAUGCCAAUUUCAGUGGGUUGCCGGGGGUGAGCUCACAGCUUGCGAAGGUCAAUGAUGUCCUUAAAAUAGACCUUUCUAGUCUGGUUCAGAAGGGUUACGCAGCAUUUAAUGAUACUCCAGACUUAGUAGUGAAUCAAACUAAGAACAUCUUAUCAGCUGUUCCUUAUAUCAAAAAUGUGCUGGAAUCCAUUGGUUCAAAUAUCAGCAACUUCACAAAGACUCUCCCUGUGCAGAAGAUUAUAGCAGAUUUGACAAUAUAUUUGACACAGAGUGAAGCGUACGUUCAGGAUUAUUUUCCAGUAGUGGAGCAGUACGAUUUCUACAGGUGGCUGGGUUGUCUCAUUCUCUGCUGCAUGGUGGUCCUGAUUGUGAUCUUUUACUAUCUUGGGUUGCUAUGUGGAACCUGUGGUUAUGACAAACAUGCUUCUCCAACAACCAGAGGCUGCAUUUCCAACACUGGAGGAAACUUUCUUAUGGCUGGCGUUGGAUUCAGUUUUCUUUUCUCCUGGGUGCUGAUGAUUGUAGUGGUGCUUACAUUUGUCACAGGUGGAAAUAUAGAAAAACUGGUUUGUGAGCCCUUUGAAGAUAAAACUUUAUUCAAGGUUUUGGAUACUCCCUACUUACUAAAUCAGCAUUGGAAAAACUAUCUUUCUGGCAUUCUUUUUAAAAAUCCAAAUAUUAACUUGACUUUUGAAAAAGUAUACAGCGAUUGCAAGGAAAACAAAGGAAUUUAUACUUCCCUUCAUCUAGAACACCUGUUUAAUAUCAAUGAAUUUUUGAAUAUUAGUAUGUAUACAGAAGAUGUAGCGCUUAGAAUUGAACAUAUUCAGAUAAACCUCAGCAAAAUCAUUCUGCUGGAUGAAAUUGGGAAAGAGAAUCUUCUGAAUUUCAGCUCUUCAGGAAUAGAAGGGAUAAACUUUGGAGCGUAUUUGACAGAGAUCAAUAAAAGUGUUACCAAGGUUGAUCUCUUGUCAUUUGCUAAUGACUUAGAAGCAAGAGCAGACCAACUGCCAAAAGGAGCACUGGAAAAUGCCUUAAAAGGACACGCAAACAACAUUCGGAUGAUUCAUAGCCAGCAAGUUGUUCCACUGGAGCAAGCUAUGAAAUAUGUUAAAGCUAGGAGCACUUUAAAUCAGAGCAUUAGACUGCUGAAGAGGACAUCAUCUGAACUUAUGGUAAAGGUGAAAAAUGUCAUUAGUGCUGUUAAUGCUGCCCAGCUUCUCAUAAAUAACAAUGCUUCUCUAGUUAUUGUCCAGGAAACAAAGAAGUACAUGGACACCAUCGUUGGCUACUUUGAGCAAUACAUUGAGUGGGUGAAGGAGUCGAUUGCCAUGGAGGUAGCAGCAUGCAAGCCUAUUGCCAAUGUGAUAGAUACAGCAGUGGAUAUAUUUUUAUGCAGCUAUGUAACUGAUUCUGUGAAUACCUUCUGGUUUGGUUUGGGAGGCUCCUCAAUAUUUUUAAUUCCUGCCAUAAUUUUUGCUGUGAAACUCUCCAAAUACUAUCGUAGAAUGGAUACAGAGGAUGUGUAUGAUGAUGUCGAAACUAUACCCUUGGAAAAUAUGGAAAAUGGUAAUAAUGGUUAUCAUAAAGAGCAUUUAUAUGGUAUACACAAUCCUGUUAUUACAAGCUCUGUGGAACAGUGGUAACAGAAACUGGAAUCAUAAAGGGGCUGUAGAAAUGAGGCUCAAGAUUCUUCUACGGGAAUAUAUCGAUAUUCUUCCAAGUGCACUGGCAUUUGCAAUCAUCUUCCGAAUACUGAGCCACUUGUUUCGUGUGACCUGUACUGUGAAUCACAAAUGUACUAUUGAAUGUUAUGCCAUAAACUACUGUACAGGAUAUUUUGUGACCAGGGCACUGCCUCUCAAAUACCACUGUUCAAGGCUUGAAUUAUUAUUACUAUUAUUUUUUUUUUUUUUUACUUUUUUACAUAUGGCUUUCUAUCUUACAUCACAGGAUAUAAAUUAAUUAGAUUAACUGACUUUGCUUAGAAGUUUUCUGACAGUUGGUCAAAUUCUUAUCUUAAAUUGUUGAGAUGUGUUAAAUACGGUACGGACACGUUUACAUAAAAAUACAUUUUGUAUACAGAGACUUUUGUAUAUAUGUUUUUCUUAAAACAUAUAAGUGUUUAGUUAAGAUUUUAAUAUUGUAUAGUACGUUUCACAAAUGAAUUUACCAGCAUGAUCAGUGUUGCUAUUUGGUGCUCUUGAAUGACCACUUUGGACUAAUUUUAAGUGUGUAAUGGGAUGCACAGUGUCUCUUUGUGUCUCUGAAAAGGUCAGUUGCAUUUUUGUUUUCUCCCUUUUUUUAUUAUUAUUUAAUGUUUAGUGAUUUUUGCAGUACAGACCUAAAAGGGAGACGUUUGUUUUGAAUCUGUAUUUGGGUGGGAGGGCUGGGAGUGUGCGUAAUGCUUCAUGCAGCAAAAAGCUAAGCUUUCUGAAGUUCAGUAGUAUUCAAAAAGAGCAUGAAAGAUGUCAUAAUGUUGGUGACUUUUAGAAUGCUUUAUAUCCUGUCUCCCUUCUCCUCAUUCAUACCCACUUUUUUAACAUCCUUCAUAGCAUCACUGUUCAACUGUACCUCUUUCAGGGACCAGUGAUAGUAAUUUUGUCUCAUAAUUUCAAGAUAUGAUUUCCAGUAUUGAAGUUCAGGCAUUUAGCAACUGGAGUUAACGUUUCUACUGUUAGACUUAUUGCCUUGAAUUCAGGCAUACGAAUGUGUUGCUGAAUUAGUUAACAGCAGAAUUCAUCAAAAGGGCCACAAGUGUUUAUCUUACUAGUGUAAGACAUUACAGUGUGUGAAAUAAUUGGGCAUAUAGAUCUCAAAUAGCGUCUCUUCAUAUGUCGGAAUUCACUGGCUUGAAGUAGGGGUAAUCCUGAAAAUCAUUGAAAUAACUAUUACAAGUCAUACCAGUCUUUAAUCUCCAAUAACCUUAUUUUUUCAUUUUUAGGUCAUAAAUCAAAGCAUUUCUAAUUGACAGUAUGUAGCAUAAUGUGUAUAUGUAAUGUUCAAAACUGUAGAUUUUUAAAAGCUUCUAUUUUUAAUUUGAGAAGAUGUCCCCAGUUCAUUUAAAUAAAAAAUAACUUGCUUAACUA